AUGCCCCGCAGACUGUCCCUGCCGCUCGUCUGGCACCUGCGGCGCUUGCCCCGCCCCGCGCAGUGCACGACGCCGGGGGCGGCGACCAAGAGCCCGCAGAGGACGCCAGGGCACGGGUCCGCGGGGAAGUCCACCCACUUCCCCCCGGAGGUCCCGAUGGACCCAAGCGACCCGGAGGCCAUCUCGAUCAAGGUCAAGCGGAUGCUCAGCGCGGACCGCCUCAACUCCGUAUUCCACCGCUUCAAGAAGGAUGGGGAGGUUCACAAAGACGCCUUAGCACCCGCUCUGACCUUCAUCGGGUACCACCCCGUAGCCGAGUGGAUCAACGAGGUGGCCGAGAAGGUUUCCGCUUACACCACCGUGGACAUCCGCGAAUUCCGCUCGAUCGUGGAACAGUACCAG